GCAGCCGCCGCCGCCGCUGCCGCAAAUGCUGUCGCUGCAGAGCGAUCCCCGGCUGCUGCAGCAGCAGCAGCCGGAGCAGCUCCAAUUGGCCUCGUUCGGCAAUGACGCCCUGCCUCCUCUCAAGCCCGAUGCCGUUUCUUCCUCCCUGUCGAGCCUCAGGAUCUCGCAGCCCCUGGACCCCCGCGAAGCCAAUGAAGACAUUCUGAUAGCCCUUGCCCAUCAGAAAUAUAAAGCUGGAAGCUAUAAGCAGGCACUAGAGCACAGCCUUGCUGUUUAUGAGAGAAACCCCCAACGGACUGAUAACCUUCUUCUGCUCGGUGCAAUAUAUUAUCAGCUGCAUGAUUUAGAUAUGUGCAUAGCCAAGAAUGAGGAAGCACUUCGAAUUGAUCCACAUUUUGCUGAGUGCUAUGGAAAUAUGGCAAAUGCGUGGAAGGAGAAGGGAAAUAUUGAUGCAGCGAUUCGUUACUACUUAAUUGCUAUCGAGCUUCGACCCAAUUUCGCUGAUGCUUGGUCAAAUUUAGGGAGUGCAUACAUGCGAAAAGGAAGAUAUACUGAGGCUGGACAGUGUUGUCGGCAGGCUUUGGCACUUAAUCCACGCUUGGUUGAUGCUCAAAGUAAUCUCGGAAAUUUAAUGAAAGCUCAGGGUUUGGUGCAAGAGGCAUUCAACUGUUACCUUGAGGCCAUCCGUAUACAACCAAAUUUUGCAAUCGCAUGGUCAAAUCUUGCUGGCCUUUUCAUGGAGGCAGGGGAUCUUAAUAAGGCACUUCAGUAUUAUAAGGAAGCGGUGAAACUCAGACCAACAUUUUCUGAUGCCUACCUGAGCCUUGGAAACGUCUAUAAGGCCUUGGGAAUGCCUCAAGAGGCUAUUAUAUGCUAUCAGCGUGCUCUGCAGUCUCGACCAGAUUAUGCUAUGGCAUAUGGUAACUUGGCCAGUAUACAUUAUGAACAAGGUCAACUUGAUUUGGCCAUUCUCAAUUAUAAGCGAGCAAUUGCUUUUGACUCGGGCUUCUUGGAGGCAUACAAUAAUUUGGGUAAUGCUUUAAAAGAUUCUGGAAAGGUUGAUGAAGCCAUUAAUUGCUAUCGACACUGUCUUUCUUUACAACCUCACCAUCCUCAAGCACUGACAAAUCUGGGGAAUAUAUACAUGGAAUGGAACAUGUUAAAUGUUGCUGCGUCCUUUUAUAAGGCUACCCUUACUGUGACAAUGGGACUUUCUGCUCCUUUUAACAACUUGGCAAUAAUAUAUAAGCAGCAGGGUAACUAUGCUGAUGCAAUCACAUGCUACAAUGAAGUUCUGAGAAUUGAUCCUAUGGCAGCUGAUGGGCUUGUCAACCGAGGUAACACAUACAAGGAGAUUGGAAGGGUUAGUGAAGCCAUUCAAGACUAUAUUCGUGCAAUUAACAUCAGACCCACAAUGGCUGAGGCUCAUGCAAAUCUGGCAUCAGCUUAUAAGGACAGUGGACAUGUUGAACCAGCUAUAAAAAGUUACAAGCAAGCACUAGCUCUUCGUCCUGAUUUUCCAGAAGCAACUUGCAACCUUCUUCAUACAUUGCAGUGCGUGUGCGACUGGGAAGAUCGUGAGAAAAAGUUCUCUGAAGUGGAAGGAAUACUCAGGAGACAGAUUAAGAUGUCAGUGAUUCCGAGUGUACAGCCAUUUCAUGCGAUAGCCUAUCCCAUUGAUCCGUUACUUGCACUUGAAAUCAGUCGCAAGUACGCUGCGUACAGUGCUCUUGUUGCAUCCCGUUACUCGCUUGCUCCUUUCAAUUAUCCUGCACAAUAUCCUGUCAAGAGUGAUGGUGGGACUGGACGUCUAAGGGUUGGGUAUGUGAGCAGUGAUUUUGGCAACCAUCCCUUGUCUCACCUCAUGGGCUCGGUCUUUGGCAUGCAUGACAGAGAAAACAUUGAGGUCUUCUGCUAUGCGUUGAGUGCCAAUGAUGGAACUGAAUGGAGACUUCGCACGCAGUCAGAAGCAGAGCACUUCAUUGAUGUCUCUUCCAUGACUUCUGACAUGAUUGCAAGGCUAAUUAACGACCAUAAAAUUCAGAUUCUUGUCAAUUUAAAUGGCUACACAAAGGGGGCAAGAAAUGAAAUAUUUGCUAUGCAACCUGCUCCUGUACAAAUAUCGUACAUGGGAUUUCCUGGAACAACAGGGGCAUCUUAUAUACAUUAUUUGGUCACGGAUGAGUUUGUGUCACCUUUUCGUUAUUCACACAUCUACUCUGAGAAGCUUGUCCAUCUUCCUCAUUGUUACUUCGUUAAUGAUUAUAAGCAGAAAAACCGAGAAGUACUGGACCCCAGUUGCCAUCCAAAAAGAUCAGAUUAUGGAUUACCUGAAGACAAAUUCAUAUUUGCUUGUUUCAAUCAGCUUUACAAGAUGGAUCCUGAUAUUGUCAACACUUGGUGCAAUAUUCUCAAGCGUGUACCCAAUAGUGCACUUUGGCUCCUCCGAUUCCCUGCGGCAGGCGAAACCAGACUUCGUGCAUAUGCUACUCAAAGGGGCGUGCAACCAGAUCAAAUUAUUUUCACAGAUGUUGCCAUGAAAAAUGAGCAUAUAAAGCGCAGCGCUUUAGCAGAUCUGUUCCUUGACACACCUUUAUGUAAUGCUCACACAACGGGCACUGAUGUUCUAUGGGCUGGUCUUCCGAUGGUGACGCUUCCCCUUGAGAAAAUGGCAACAAGAGUUGCAGGUUCAUUAUGUCUGGCUACUGGAGUUGGGGAGGAGAUGAUUGUUAAUAGUCUGAAGGAAUAUGAAGAGAAAGCGGUUUCACUGGCAUUGAACCGACCGAAGCUUGAGGAUCUUAAAAGUAGACUCAAGGCAGCUCGUCUGACUUGCCCUCUGUUCGACACAACGCGAUGGGUGAGAAACCUCGAGCGGGCAUACUUCAAGAUGUGGAAUCUCUACUGCUCAGGCCAGCAUCCGCAGCCCUUCAAAGUAACCGAGAUCGAUUCGGAGUUCCCAUACAAUAGGUAGGAAUAACAGGGGUAUAGAGAGAGAGAGCCAGACGGGAAUGUACAUAAAAAAAAAGGCGAAAGGGUUCAGUGGUAACAUUCAUUCUUGUCGGAUUUGCCUUCCUCCUUGUCCAGAUAACGGGAUCGCUCUUUUUAUGUUUGACAAGAAUGAGAACCUCCUUUUUAACAUGUGACCUCAAAACAGUUUUGAGGAUCUCGAAUUAUAAUGUAAACGCGAAACGGUUCAUACAAGCUUGGGAGGUAUGAAAUUUAUCAAGUCUUCGAUGAUUAAAUGCUAA